AUGGGCUCUCUUGAUCAAGUACAACUCUCAUUGUGGCGAGAAGAAAGGGAAACCGUGAAAGUUAUCUGGACUCCAUCGCAGGACUUUAUUAUCGAACUCACCAUGGACUCCACAGAACCCCGAAAAUACCAUCAAUUGACAAGCAUUUCCUCACGCCUACAUUCAUCCCUACGUCUUGGGCCUUCUGCCAUCGAUAAGGCGCAUUUAAUUAUUACGACGCCAGUUGUGUGGCAGAAAGUCCACGACGGCGACGAUAUGGUCAAGGCUGCCAUCAACUUGCUAGACAUCCCUGUUUCACUUUCGUUCGCCCUCUCUCAAGCUUUGGUUGCCCUCUCUUCAUGUAUGAGAGGUGAAUUGCCAAUUCAGGAAUGGGCACAUGGUUGCGUUGUCCUGCCGCCGAGAUCCCGAUUGCCGGUCGUUCCUCCAUUCAGCCAAAAAAAAAAUUAUGGAAACUUUCCCUCCACGUUCGAUUUCGAGAGGGAGUCUUCAAAUGAGAGACCAUUUACCAAUCUGGGUACCGCAAAUGAAGUAGUCGCCAGUGUUCUUCGUUUCGUUUUGCGAGGAACACGAGCACCGCCUGCUUUCGGACGCACAAAACCACCAAAGAUGCAGGGAAGACAGGACAAACUGAGCGCACUGCUACUGGUCAUACCAGCAAUUAACCAGACGGCCCGCGGGACAUUUGAAUGCCGCAUCCUAAACCACAAUCCCUGUUCGACGCGAAUGCGGCUCACCGGUUCUCUGUUCAACAGGAAGUUUUGUGCAGACACAACGAAAGCGUCUAGGUCUCUUUACUCACAAAGGCGAGCAGACGAGUAUUUAUCAUGUAAAUUCGAGCUCCAUAUCAUCGGGAGGUACGAUGGGGCCAAUGGGGCCAAUGCUAUGUACCGGCUGCAAAAUAUCUUACUUGAUCGCGAUAUUCCAAUUAUAAUUCAAGCUAAGACCAGAAGACUUACUCGGACGCGGAUUCCGCGAGGCAUACGCCGAAAAUAUCGCAGAGCCUUCGGGCAUACAAUUUACCGCAAGAGCAUGAACACCAAGAGCCAACACUACAUGAAGGAAUCUUCCCAUUCUGCGGCUAUGCUGCUAGUUGGACAGUCUCGAUCAGACGACUUGUUAGUCCUUGCGAGGACUCUUGGGCAGCGUACCCAAUUCCGCACACAACCUCCGAGAAGGCCGCAGGCAAGAACGAGCCCCACAAGCGGAGAUCUAAGUCCUCCGAUGCUGGAGCCCCCAACACUCGUCUUCCGCCAGAUAUGUUGCCUGAUUCAGGCGUCCUCGUUGCCUUGUUUCUCUACAGAACAACUUAAUUACACUUCCGACUUAUUCCGGCGUCUCCGGCCUUCGCGAUGUGAAAUAAGGAAAUCCAUGGAAUCCGUGUGCGAAAAGAGUCACAACAAAGUUUCAGUCAAUAACCCCGCUUUUCGCCAUCCACUGACCCUGGAACCCACGCUCGGCUUCCAGAAUGGGCCUCAGUUAGUUCAUUUGCCAGUCAUCCGACACGGACUACAGAAUUCAAUCGGCAUCAGCAAGGUUCCCGAUAGCGGAGCUGCAUCCAAGGGUGGUGUUACUUUACAUCCUUUUACGUUCCUCAAAGCCACAGAAAACGACGUGUACCUGCCAGUUAUGAACAUUGUGCAACAUUUACUCUCUCCUCGCCAACAAGGCAAAUGCUUUCGAGCGGGGGGUUCGGGGCACAAUCAAUCACGCCGCCUCACUGCGAGAAUGCGCAAAUAUGCAGCGACAGGCCUGGGUAAUUACAAUAGGAUGUCAGCCUCGAUAUCGAAGUCAUACUCUCACCUGAAUCAUAAGACUUGCUCUCAAUUCCUGGAUUCUUCAGCUCGGUGGAGGGGUGCCGUAAGCCUCAACCCAGGCCUUUGGGUUCCGCGCUCAGUCGAUCGAGGCUAUCGUCCUGUGUACAUAGGCAAAUUCUUCCACCCGCUUUCCGUCGUAGGAGGACAAAACCUUGGGCCUUUUUUCGCAUCUAACGAAGGGACUCAAUGCCUCACAAUAUCCAGCCCCAGUCAGCAUUGUCCAUGCCCUCCCCUGAUUCGUUGGCAGAAAGAGCUCCGAUGCCCAUCUGCCUCUUGCCUUAGUCGGGUCACCGCGAGAAUGGGACAUGGAUUUCCGCCUUGUUGCUUGUUCGCGCCAUCUCGGCCCAAAUCUCUCGCCUUGAAGUGCCCCGGAGGCCGCCCUCCCCUUCAGGUUUCCUGCUGGCAUGAGAUGACACGUUGCUUCAUCGGCCCAACUAUCAUCUUCCAGUUUAAGAAAAGUCUAAAUCAUCAAAUGCGCUCUACGCUAGCUCACCAAGCCCCAAUGUCCGCCUUCAGGAGAGUGAAGUUGAGAUGCGGCACAGGAAAUUCUAACUCAUUUGACAGUACUGCCGACAGUGUUGUCUAUGCACAUAGAGAGCCACAAAUUGAUACACAAUAUCAGGACGCGGGUCAAUUCCAGGUAUUACGGCCUCCAAGAACUCUAAUGGGCCAAGGAGUGCUUUUUGUUUUUGAUGUUAUCGUCCACUCGUCAAUCGUUCAACUUUCCAGCUCCCGCCUGACGAAAGAUCUGAUAAUAUAUCCAAAAUUCAAAACGUGUCCCAGCUUGUCCAGCAAGAUCCAAAUUGGUUCGAAUUUCAAUGAGCGUCGUGUGGUCGUAUUAACGAGUGAAUCCCCAGGCUUUCGAGUUGUUCGACGAUGA